GGCAGAUUAAAGAUGGGAAUAUAUGGUGAAGAAUAGGUUGAAUUUGUGUAUGAAAUGGUGAAGAAAGUAUGGUUGUUUGGAAGAGGUGAUAGGGUGGAAUGGAGGGCAGGAGAAAGGCAAUAUUUGGAGUGGUUUUUUGAUGAAGAAAUGAAGUGUUUAAAUGGGAGAAAGGGGAUGCACGAAAUUGGGAGAGAAAGAGGGAGUUCUUUUGUGGUUUUUGUUGGAUAAGGAUAAACCAAAUAAUAAAUAGGAGAUAAACACACUCCAAAGGAAAGGGAUAGCAUUAAAAGCCAUCAAAGAAUCAACGAUGAAUGAUUCAAGCGACGAUGAUGAAGUCAAGCUUGUCAUGAAGAUGUUUUGUAAACUUCUAAGGAAGAAAGAGAAGGUUGAGGAUGGCCCUGUGUGCUAUGGAUGUGGUGAAGCCAGGCACAUCAAGAACAAAUGCCCAAGAAGCGGAAGGAAUGCUCGUCACUUCAAAAAGCAAAGAGCAUACAUCUCUUGGGGUGGCGACUCCGGCGAUGAGUCAAGUGAGCAAGAGGAAGACGAAGAGGCAAACCUUUGUCUCAUAGCUCAAGAAGAAGAGGAGUCCGCCAACGACGAAAACCAAGAGGCUCAAGUUGAAUACUUGGUAAAAGAAGUGGCAAAGCUCACUAAAUUCAAGUUGAGUAUGACCAACGUCACCAUUAGGCGUAGAAGAGAAAACAAGUCCCCGGUGACCUCGUGGAACAAGAUGCGAGCACUCGUGAAGAAGAAGUUUCUGCGCGAGAACUACAUACGAGAAAACUUUUCUAAGCUUCAACACUUGAAGCAAGGCUCUCGUUCUGUAGAGGAAUACAACCGAGAGUUCGAGGAACUCUUAUUAAGAAACUUUGGAUAUUCUCCAUACCAAGAUUCUGAUGGAGAUAAUUAUUAUGAACCUCAUGGUGACCAAGAUGACUAUGACCAAUCUGGGCCUAUGUGCGACGAUCAAUCUGAUCCACUCGUCGAAGAGAUCAUAAGAUUAGAACAGAAAAUCUUCUAUUUCGACGAAGUUUUAUUCGCUGAAGGCUCCUGGUACGAACCACCUUACUCCCGUGACUACACUCUGUUUGCUGAAGAACAAAUCGAAGCAAACAAGGUGGCAAUUCGAGAAAGAGCAAAAUUUCUUGAAUCAGUCCGGAAGGAAAAGGAGUUCAAAAGGAGAUUAUGCAAAGGAUCAGAGAUGAUUCAGAAAAUGCUGGAUGAAUUCCAAAGAGAGAGACUAGAAGCUGAGGCUAAGACUGAUGAAUUAGUCAAUGAUCUCUGUAAGGCUAUUGGGCUUAAGCGCUCCCUCCAAUCUCAAGAUCAAAUGAGGGAGGUUAAUGCUCAAAACGAGGCUCUAGAACCUAAGACCAACCCUAAACCAUUCAACUAUCAGGUUCUAGUUCUAAAAGAUUCACCCAGUUUUUCACCAUCACAGAAACCCGAGAGCAUAACAACUCUUGCUAGGGCUACUGUGGUGAUGUUACCUGAAUACACACCUCCAGAGGAACCUGUUCUGGAGGAAAUAGAGCCCAUUACCUGCCCCCAAGAUACCAAUGUCCAAGAGUCCGAGCAGGAAUUUACAGGCGAGGAAAUACUUUGCAUAGAAAAGCCAACUCCGUCUAUAGAAACCUGUGUACGUAAUGCUUCAUCUGAAGACUCAGACCAAACCUUCUUUGACUCCCUACAUGACGGGUGUGACGAUGUCUGCCUGAUGGAUGGUUGGAGCUUAAGGAGUUGGGAUGAACUUCUGAUGAGUGACACUGAAAACUCAUCCAUGGGGGAAAGCACGGUCGUAAUCAUCAAACCACAAAUGGAUGGUCAGCCUGUUGAAGAUAAGGAAAAAAUAAAUCUCGCUGUGAAGGCCAAUGAUGUGGAUCAACUGAGGAGACUUCCGCCACCACCCACCUACCUAGAGUAUCCUCCUUUUAUCCUGUUGCCGCCAAGCCGCAAGGAUGAGUCAAGGAUCCUGGACCUUGACCGAGCAACAAUUCAAACAGGGUGGCAUCAGAAGAGAGUCAAAAGGGCCAAACUUUAUGACUCUCGGAUCGGGAAGUCGCGGAAAAAGUGGGUGAGCGUUGAGCUAUGGACGUUAAAGAAGCGCUUAACGAGAGGCAACCCGUCAUUCAAAUAACUAAAAUAAUUAAAUAAAUUCAAUAGUUUUAU